GUUUACAUGUAGUUUCAGCUAGCUGUCUGCAGCAAGAGAACAUAUUUUCAUCUAAUAGAUGACAACAUCUUAGCACAUCAUGCGAUAUGUCAAGCUUGGACGUAAACCUCUCCUUAUUGGAGUUGGACAUCAUUGGGCGGUAAGAGUAGAAUCCAGCAGUUCAAACGGUUGCUGGUAUGAGAUUUUAGGAAAUUCAGGAAAUUCAGCAAAAACUGAUCAAAAUGAGAUUGGAAGAAGUUAUACAAGAGCAGCAAAGAGUGGAGCAGGGUCUUUGGGAGGCUCGACUGUUGGUAAAACAACCAAAUCUGAUGAAGAAAUAGACGACUUCAUUUCAAGUUGGCUAUCACAAAAUCCAAAAUAUGGUCUUUAUGCAGCAAAUUGUCAAAAAUUUGCAACCGAAUUUAUAGCUUGGUUAACUGAUGAUAAUUAUAACAUUUCGGCAGCAUUUGAUACUGGAAAUGUAGAAACUAAAUCUAACAGUCUAACUCAUGCCGUAGCACAUGAUGGAACUGCAUAUGCAUGUGCAUCACUUGGAGAAGGACGAGGAGCUAUAGGUCCUUAUUCUGUAGUUGCCCGAUUGCCUACUGCUCAUGCGGGGGUAUCAGAUGGAACAGAAGGUUUGUAUGCGGUUGCUGAAGCUUCUGCAAUUCGUUAUGAAGCAAACUAUGGAAAUGUUGUUGGUGCCCAUGUGGAUGUGAAUGUCAAUACAGGAUUGGGAUUUAGAAAUGGCAAUGCUGAAGCACAUCUUCUGGGGUUCGGAGGAAGGGUAGGAACAGAUGGUGUAGAAGUCAACACACCACUAGGAGGAAUUCGUAUUCCUGCUCUUGGUGCACCAAUCAAUUGGAUUGGAGGAUUAUUCCGUUAAGAAUAAACCAUUAGUCCCAAGAAUUUGAAAACACUUAAAACAAGUAUCAAUAUUUCUGCUUUUAACCCUGCUUAUUGGUAAAGCCAUGCAUUGUUUUUGUUAUUUUUCUUAAUUUUUAUAACCAACAUUGAUUUAAACUAUUUAGAUUUACUCUAUGCUUUUAACUUUUAUUCUCUUACUAGUUGUGAAAAAUUAUUUAAAUUUCACUUUUUUGGCUUAUUCUUUUGCUUUUUAUGUUAUUCUUUAUAUUUUGUAAAUAUAUAUGAUUUUUCUUAUACAAUUUUGGGAAAUUUGCUAUGAUAAGAUAUAUUGAUAAUUUCAUUUUCUUAUAGUUAAGACUUUGAUAAUAAAAAUAAAUAUACUGGUGUAUCA